UUGAACGCCCCACAUGACCUCCGCUGUCUGAUGGCUUCAUUUCCUUUGCUGCUGCACUGGAUGCCAUCCUGUCAGCACUGAGAACCGUCGCUUUGACACUAUGAAUCUGUUUCCAACCCGCUGUUAGCUUCUCUUCUUAGAACAGCCCCAGACAUGAGCAGGGCUCCGAAAAGCCAGUCAACUUCGGGCUGUUUACCUCUGAACCUCCACCUGAUGUGACUCUGCUCGGUGUCAAGACAUGAACGCCCCGAACCGACCGGACUACGUGUCCAUCCCCUUCACCGAGCCGCAGAGCGGGGGCUACAACAACAACAAACAGUGGAGGAGGCAGUCCUGCUGGAGGAAAUGGAAGCAACUGUCCAGGCUACAGCGGAGUCUCGUCCUCUUCAUGCUCGUCCUGCUUUUCAUCUGUGGAAUGGCCUCCUAUCCCACGGUCACCAAACGCCUCACAGGCCUUGCCGAGAGAGAGCUGGACGCUGAGAGGAACAUCCUUCUGAGACCCUUCAAACCUUACGGUUUGCCGGAGCCUUUCAAACAGGGCCAACAGCCGCUGCCCGAGCAGCUCUCACAGAGGAAAUUAUCCAAUAAAAGAGGACCACCCAUCCUGCAGAACCGGCUUGUGAAGAAAGGCAACUUGUCAAAUGUCGUGUCUGAAGGCAACGCAGCUGCCAUCAGGAAGGAAGGAGAUGAGAAGAUGACUUGUAGCUGGCGUGGGGCCAUGAUCGACACGGAUCAGGCCACAGAGGGAACCAGGGAUGGGCAGAACAAGGAGGAGCCACCUGGAAAUCAACAAGUUGGAGGUUUCAAUGGUUCAGGAACCAGCCGGAUGGAAGCAGUGCGGGACGCUUUCAGACAUGCCUGGAAGGGGUAUAAAGACUAUUCCUGGGGCCAUGAUGAGCUCAGGCCCGUGUCCAGGUCCUACAGCGAGUGGUUCGGUCUGGGUCUCACUCUGAUUGAUGCUCUGGACACCAUGUGGAUCCUUGGGCUCAAAGAAGAGUUUGAAGAGGCCAAGCAGUGGGUUGCCACGGAGCUGACGUUCAACAAAAACGUUGACGUUAAUCUGUUUGAAAGCACCAUCCGCAUCCUGGGAGGCCUGCUGAGCAGCUACCACCUGAGCGGAGACAGCCUGUUCCUGGACAAAGCAAGAGACAUCGGGUCCAGGCUGAUGCCAGCCUUUAACACACCGUCCAAGAUCCCCUACUCUGACGUCAACAUCGGUAAAGGCACGGCCCACCCCCCCCGCUGGACCUCUGACAGCACCGUGGCUGAAGUUACCAGCAUCCAGCUGGAGUUCAGGGAACUCAGCCGCAUCACCCAGGACCCACAGUACCAGGCUGCUGUCGCUGAAGUCAUGAGCCAGGUCCACAAGCUUGACGGCAAGCUGGACGGUUUGGUUCCCAUGUUUAUCAACACCAACAGUGGACAGUUCAGCCAUCAAGGCAUCUACACCCUGGGAGCCAGAGCAGACAGCUACUAUGAAUACCUGCUGAAGCAGUGGAUCCAGGGGGGCAGGAAGGAGGACCAGUUCUUGGAGGACUACCUCCAAGCCAUUGAGGGUGUGAAGAAGAACCUGCUGCAGAAGUCUUCACCGAAUGGCCUUGUUUUUGUCGGGGAGCUUUCGCACGGACAGUUCAGUCCUAAGAUGGAUCAUCUCGUGUGUUUCCUGCCCGGCACUUUGGCGCUCGGUGCUCAUAACGGUCUGCCUGCCGAUCACAUGGAUCUGGCCAAGGAGCUGAUGCAGACCUGCUACCAGAUGUACGUCCAAAUGGAGACUGGCCUGAGUCCUGAGAUCGUUCACUUCAAUAUGCACCAGGGCAGCACCAGAGACAUUGAAGUGAAGCCUGCAGAUAGACACAACCUCCUUCGACCCGAGACUGUGGAGAGUCUCUUCUAUCUGUACAGAUUCACAAAAGAUCACAAAUACCAGGACUGGGGCUGGGAGAUUCUGCAAAGUUUUAACAAGUACACCAAGGUUUCUUCUGGAGGCUACACAUCCAUCAACAACGUGCGUGACCCGGAUUAUCCAAGCCCUAGAGACAAGAUGGAGAGCUUCUUCCUGGGAGAGACCCUGAAAUAUUUGUACCUGCUGUUCUCUGAAGACCCCGACCUUAUCAGCCUCGACAAAUACGUGUUCAACACCGAGGCUCACCCGCUGCCCAUAUGGCCAUCCCCUGAGUAGCAUCCACUGUGACCCACAACAUCUCAGGGUUGGUGUGACAUCAGAGUCACGUCUUUAGGAGCAAAAUGACUGCAGAACAGACUCCUUUGUUGGUUUUAAAAGACUCAUUUAUGGCGGAUCCUUUCUUAUUUAUUAGAGUGGUUGGUUCUGAUUGUGUGGACCGAUAUUCUCACUGGUGCAGGAUGAACUGAAGCAACAAGCUGCAACAUCCUACAUCUGACUCACUGAUUGUUUUUGUUUGUAUGAUGGUUUUAAGACUUUUUCUCUAUAGAUAUGAAGCAAAGCCGACUGAACUUCUGCUGGCCGGUUGUCUCCACAUUCCUAGAAGGCAGAACCUGACCUUUGAACCCUUCUGUUGGAACAGGGGAACCGCCAGGCAAACUGAACCAUUUCUCUGAAGCUCUCUGUGAGCAAAAGGGCACACAGUCAUGCUGCAUUCAUGUCUCCCAGGAAAUGCAGAACUCCUUCCUAUGUUUGAGCCCUCAGUUUGGAGAACAUAUAUAAACAACAAUCAUUUCCUGAUAUCAGGUCAGCUUCUAUCUACUUUCAUCUUCAUGCAUAAUGCAUUUAAACUACUCUGCUUUACAUCCAUGCCACAUUUCCAUGGUAGUCUUUAUCCGGCAGCAUUUCUGUUGGUUCUGGUCCAUUUACACUCCAGUUGACUGACGUAAUGUCCGAGGUCAUGGCCUCUGAUCAAACCACUGUUGUAAUCAGCACAGUUCUGCUGAUGGACGGCAUUGAUGACUGCUAUCUGGUUGGAGGAAACUCCUCCUGGUAGCUCUGCCUCAUCCCGAACGG